CAGCAAUAAAACCCCUCACGGGCCGAACGUACCGAUUCGAAAGACCCUCGGCAAGAGCAGCUCUCGCAAAUGACGAUUCACUCGAGACAGUCGGGCAAGAUCCGGCAGGUCCAGAUGAUCUGCUACUUCCAGGAUAAGUUCAUUGGGAAACGAGAGAAGAUAGCUCAGGGUGAAUGGGCGGAAGCGGCCAACUUUUUCGGAGAGAGCAUCCCAGUAGGGGCGAUGGAUGCUCUCGUUGAGGCCAAUGCGGACGGGGAGCCGUUGCAGCAAGCCCCUAUCAUAGGAUGACAUUGCCACCAGACAUAUCCUGGGAACAGAGCGAAUUAGCGGGCUGACUAGCAGGCGUGGCGGGUCACCGCAUCUGGGGAAG